AUGUAUCGGAAGUUGUCUAAGUUAGAACACUCGGAAAUAAAACAACUUCUUACAGAAGCUAACAUAGAUGUUGCAAAACAUUACGCGACAAACAAAAAAGCACUCGCUGACAUCCUCAAUGACUACAAUGGUGCUAUAAGUUAUGAUAGAAUUCAUGAGUUCAUAAAUGCAAGAGCAUUUCCUUUAAAUGACGUUGCUAUUGAUUUAUAUCAUAGACGUUCAGUACCUCAUGAAGUAAGAAGAGAAAUGUUUGACAUAACAAAUGCGAACGUUGGUCAUACUCGUAAAGCUCUUUCUCAUGAUGUUCGUCAAGAGAUGUUUGAACUUACGAACUCAAACGUUGGUGAAACAAGAAGAGCUGUACCUCAUGAAGUAAGAAGAGAAAUGUAUGACAUAACAAAUGCAAACGUUGGUGAAACACGAAAGAGAGAUGACACACUGAAACAACAGAGAAGAGAGAUGUUUAAAAGUGCUAUUGAACAAGUUCGCAAAGCUAAUGAUGUCAUUCGUUCCAUUGACGACAAACCAAAAGAAGGUGAGAGAUGGUUAAAGAAAGAUGAAGAGAAUAGGAAGAGGAAUGUGAAGACAGGCAAUAGACUCAUUGACUUUAACAUCGAAGCUUUAGAUGAACCAAACAGAGACUACUUACACAAACAUUUCGGUAAGGUUUUCAUGAGACUCUUAGAGAAGAUUAAAAUAAACACCCAACAAAGAUGGAUGGUAUGUUAUAAACUUGGUGGAAAGUAUGAAUGUUCUACGUUAAACCUCAAUAAUAUUGGAACAUUACUACAUCAGCUCUUGAAGGAGAACUUUAUAUCAGAGAUAGAAGCAAAUGCUGCAGGUAUUGUUGAAAUGCACUAUGACUUCUUCUUGACAAACAUAAAGAAUCUUACCGAAAUAAAGAUGUAUGAUUUAACAGAAUAUGAAGGCUUAACGAUGUCAGAUGUAAAGAAAGGCAAACCAAAAAAGAGACCAUAUAGAGAUGAAAGCACACUGACAAAUGACCAGAAACCCAUUUUGGAAGCUCUUAAGCAAACAGGAAACCCAGCACUUAUAGAAAGCUUUUGGAAAGAUAAUGGUGAAAAGAAGUUUUAUAAGAAGAGAAGCGGUCAGUUCUGGAAGUAUCUUUGCACAUUACCUAUAAAUCUUGAGCGCUACCAAAUUUUCAAUGAAUUGA